AUGGACAUUGUGGCUCUGUCAGAGACCAGAUGGUUGGAGACGGGAAGCAUCAAAGAGAAGGACUGCACAAUAUUUUGGAAUGGCAAGGGUGAAACAGAAGCUCAAGUGCAUGGUGUUGGUUUUGCAGUCAAGAACUCCCUGCUGAAGCACAUAGAUACUCCUGUGGGCAUCUCCCCACGGCUGCUGAGGAUCCGGAUUCACACUGAAAGCGGUUACUUGACCCUGCUCAGUGUAUAUGCGCCGACUCUGCAGGCGGACGAGGACGUGAAGGACAGCUUCUACAGACUCUUGGAGGAUGAGGUUCGCCACGUUCCAGCACGAGACUCGCUAAGGAGCCUUCUUAAGGAGGUUCUCCACACGAGAGCGAUUCGUUCUACUGAUUGGGAUACAGACCACUGCCUUGUCCUCGGCAAGAUUCGGACCUUUCUGAAAAAGCUGAGCAAGUCGCAGCAGGCGGGACGGAAACGGACCGACCGGGAGGGGGCGAAGAACCCGGAAAAGGUCAACAGCUUCCUCAAGGCAGUUAGCGAAUCCUGCGGAGAGGAUUGGGAGGACAUCAGUUUGAUCGUGCAUGAGCAGGCCUUGCGGCACUUUGGAUCCCAACCACGAGAGGGAAAGGACUGGUUCACAAAAGAUCUGCUGCCGCUUGUGGAGGACAAACGGGAGGCCCUGCUCAGGUACCGAGAGGUGUCAACUCACUCAAAUUUUACCAGACUCGAGACUGCCCGACAAAAUCUGCAGAGGGAAACUCGGAAGUGUGCAAACCAGUACUGGCUGGACCUUUGCCAGAAGAUCCAGGUUUCGGCAGACACCGGGAACCUCCGGGAGAUGUAUGACGGCAUCAAGACUGCGAUUGGCCCAACCAGAAGGAAGGUAGCACCGCUGAGGGACCUCCAGGGAAAUCUCCUCACUGACACGGACCAGCAGCUCCAACGAUGGACUGAACACUACAGUGCUCUGUAUGGUAGUGAACCCAUCAUCGAUCUUGAAGCAAUAGACCAACCUCCAGACCUGCCAUGUCUGUCUGAACUGGAUUUCGUCCCCACUGUGGAGGAACUCUUGAGGUCCAUCAACGAUCUCUCCAACAACAAAGCUACGGGUACUGACGGCAUACCAGCAGAAAUCAUCAAAGUCCUGGCUGUACCGCACAGCCCUACCCUGCUGCAACUCCAUCGUUCGGUCGUCAGCUACUGGCAACGUGGGCAGGUGCCUCAGUGUCUCAAGGAUGCUCAGUUUAUACAGUUGUAUAAGAACACAGGGGAUAAGUCCGACUGCAACAACUACCGCGGGAUCUCCCUGCUGGAUGUGUUUGGGAAGUCUGUGGCUAGGCUCGUGCUUAAGAGGCUUCAAGUUUUGGGUGAGUACAUCUACCCAGAGAGUCAGUGCGGUUUUAGGUCAAACAGGUCAACGAUCGACAUGGUGUUCACCCUACGACAGCUGGAAGAGAAAUGCAGGGAGAUCCAUGUAAACCUCUACAUUGCAUUCGUGGACCUCACAAAAGCCUUUGACACAGUAAGCCGAGCUGGGUUGUACAGAGUGCUUGUGACGAUUGGCUGUCCACCGACGUUGCUCAAGAUUGUCCAGUCAUUUCAUGAUGGGAUGGAAGCCUCCAUCUCCUUCGACGGCGACGUGUCGGACAGUUUUUCUGUCAGAUGCGGAGUGAAGCAGGGCUGUGUGAUUGCGCCAUGUCUCUUCAACAUCUACUUCUCAUACCUCCUUCAUCAUGCCUUCGACGACAACACCUUGGGGGUAUACUUGCACACUCGCUUCGAUGAGGGGCUCUUCAAUGUGCAGCGCUUUCGAGCCAAGACCAAGGUGUCUCACUCUACUGUUACUGACCUCCUGUUCGCUGACAAUGCCGCUCUAUUUGCUCACACGGCAGAUGAUCUUCAGACCCUGUUGGAUCGUUUCACUUCUUCCUGUGCAGUCUUUGGACUCAAGAUCAGCGAGUCAAAGACGGUCGUCAUGUGCCAGGAAGUAGAAGACCAGGCAGCACUGCAGACGUUCCUGGUUAACGGGAAAAAGAUAGCAGUGGUAGAUGAGUUCUGCUACCUCGGGUCCUGCAUCUCAAGUAUGGCCAGCAUGGAGGCAGACCUCAACAGCCGCAUUGUACGAGCUGCGGGCUGCUUUGGACAACUCAGGAGGCGUGUGUGGGCAAACAAGAAGCUUAGGCUAAAGACAAAGAUUGCAGUCUCACCAGGCUCAACAGCUUCCACCUGCACAAUCUGA